AUGGCGCUGUUAGCUGGCCAAGAUGACCAACAGGGACAAAAACACUGCAAGCCACCGCCGUUCAGGCGCAAAUUCAAGCCAAAGGCCAAGACUGGCUGCCACACUUGCAGGAUCCGCAGAGUCAAGUGCGAUGAAGGGCGGCCGGCUUGCCAUCGUUGCAUUUCCACCGACAGGGUAUGCGACGGGUAUCCAUCCGUAUUCCGAGUCUUCGCCCCCGGGGCUUCUCAACCGUCUGCUCCAGCGCCUGUCGCCAAUUAUGAGCCAUCUCUCUCUCUGUACCAGCCGAGGUCUUCCAUAGUAACCGCCGAUGAGAUCAACAAACUGGCCCAUUACUUCCACCGCAAGCGCCAAGUCGGCGUGUGCUACAAGAAAGAGGCCCGGGCAAUACUGGCCAAUCUGCCAGACCCAGCCAUCCGCCACGCGCUCAAUUCUCUGAGAGAUCUGCAUCACGGUCUCGGGGAUACAAGAUACACGGCCGUUAUUGAAGGCCGAAGAACAUUCAUCAACGUCGAACGCAGCUUGGACGCAUACAACGCGGCAGUUUCCGGCCUGGCGUCCCGGUUAAGAGAGCAGCCUGGCCGAGAGUCUGCCCAGGCUGCGCUUGUGUGCUGCCAGAUAUUCAUCAGCAUAGAGGUUAUGCUCGGCGACUACAGCACUGCUUUCCAGCACUUCCUCCAAGGGCUACGCAUCAUGUACCAAUAUCGGAACCGCCCAGGAGUGAGCGACGACGACCGCAUCGUUCCCUGUCACAACCCCAACUUUCCUCAUCUAGACGCAUUCGCCAUUAAGCUCUUUGCUUCGGGGUACCCGGGUCCUAGGCACAAGUUUACCGGUGAAAGAGCGCACAUGGGCCCCAUGACGACCGCCGCGAAGGCCCGUCUAUGUGACCAGGCGCGCAGCGACCUGUGUGUGCUCUCCGUACACGCACUGGAAUUUCUGAGUCGGGUGACAGACUUACAGGGCCAUGGCCAAGUAGCCGAGCUGAAGUUGACGAAGGCUCAGAUCCUCAGUUGCCUGGAGUCCUGGGAGAAAAUGUAUUCUCAAACCGUUCGCGAGGGUAUGGAGGGAAUAUCUGCCGCCAAAGGGCGUUUUGGGACGGCCUUCUGUCUUCUACUGCAUCGUGUCUUGAAAGUGGUGGUCAGCCUAGCAAUGAGUGUCUCCUCUGUCGACGUAGAGGCGCGGGAAAGAGACUUCUACACCCUCACCGAGAUCGCGUCUUUCGCCACGGAAGAAGUGUCGCGACCUAUAUAA